AUGGCCCUUGCGUCCAACGAACGAGCUCAUUUUGCCGAAGUCCACAUUCGCCGCAUUGUCGGCAAGAACCUCGAAUCUUUGCUGUGCCACUGCCGAAGUGCGGAUGCAUCCGUUGCCAAAGCCGCCGACCUCCUUGUUUUCAACUACGCUUCUGAUGCCCUCCCGUUCGUGCAGCAGCCCAUUGCGGAGGUCAUGUUAGACCUGAUUGAAGACUUAGUAGAGUCCAACAUACCUGCCAACUUGGUGGAGAUUCAGAAUCGUAUCCGAACACUUGCGAAGGUAUUGCGCUCGCUGAGCAAGCCUCAGCGUCAACGGGCGGUGUCGCUUAUGCUCAAGCUGGUAACGGACCCUCACGUCCCCAAAGAGCCAGUGAUCUGGCAGCUGAAGAUGCUUUGGCUGGCUGACGGCAAUUCCAGACAAACCUAUGCACAAGCGCAUCGAGACCGCAGCUUUGAAGGGUGA